UUCGACUAUUUUAUUUUAUUAAAUAUUAUACAAUAUAAUAUAGAAAUACAGGAUAAAGAAUAGUGUUUCUGACACUAUGCGUGACACAAUGUAUGGAAAAGUGAUCGUUCUUGGAUUUUUACUAUUCCAAAUUUCGUGUCAGAUAUCUGGAGAGAAAUUGUCUGAUUAUUAUACUGCAGCUGUGGUAGAAUAUUCACCCAUUUUUAUCAAAGAUGACAUAAAAUUGACUUAUGAGAAGAACACAGAUGAAUAUAUUAAUUAUAUAGAACGAGCAAGUAAACAGAAUGCCGACAUCAUUGUUUUUCCGGAAGCUGGAUUGACAUCGAUGAGUAUGCCUAUCUUUCACAAAUACAAUGACUGGACAACAGUAGUUCCUUCUUCUCAAGACAACUAUAUACCUUGUACAGAAUCUAGAAUCAAUGGCAUCAUCGAAACAGUAAAAAGAUUGUCAUGCGCUGCAAGAGAUAAUCGUAUAUACGUAGUGAUAAACGUUGGCGAGAAGCGAUUCGAUGAAAAGAAUGGCACAUGGCAUUAUCAUAAUACCAAUAUCAUAUUUGAUCGAAUUGGAAAAAUUAUUGCCAGGUAUCGUAAAGUGCAUCUCACUCUGGAAGGAAAAUUCGAAAGUUCGGUACCACCUGAUCUCGUUACUUUCGACACUGAUUUUGGAGUAAGAUUCGGUGUCAUUAUAUGUUUCGAUAUGCUCUUUAAGGAACCUGCUUUAAAUUUGACGAGAAUAGAAGGUGUUUCAAAUAUCGUGUAUCCUACUGCCUGGUUUUCGGAAGUGCCAUUUAUAACCGCUAUUCAAUAUCAUUCUGGAUGGGCUUAUAGCGAAAAUGUAAAUGUACUAUCGGCUGGAUAUAAUAAACCGGAAUUCGGAAGCAUAGGAAGCGGUAUUUAUUCAGGUCGUAACGGAAUAAUCAACGUGACCAUGUCUACAAAUCCAAAGGAGCGGCUUUUAGUCUCUCGAGUGCCAAAAACGCCUAGAAAAAUUGAAACACGAGAAAGGAGACACGUUACAAAUCAAUUUUACUCGAAAAGAAAUCUGCGUGCAUCGAACAUCGAUUUGAUAAAAUUAAAGCACGAUCACGUUACAUGGUUCAAUUCUGUUCUGGUUAAUAAUUCCAUGGACAAAACUAUCUGUUAUGGUAACUUCUGUUGCGACUUUCUGAUUCGUACUGAUACUAUCGAUCCAUCCACUUAUUAUCACGCAGUUGUGUACGAUGGUAUUCAUGUGUUCGAGAAGAUAUUGGACGCUGGUGUCCGUUUAUGCGCCGUGAUUCAAUGUUCCAAUCAGUCACUCCAUUCUUGCACUUCCGUCGAUCCGUCUGAUACUACAUUUUCAACUUUGAAGAUAACAGCGAGAUUCAACGAUUAUUCGAAAAUUUUGGUAACACCGACCGUGAUCGAUUCCUCUCUUAUUCCCUUCCAGCAUUGGUCGUACGAUGAACAGACGUGUGGAGAAAAAACGAGUGUCACAAUCGCUUUGGAAAAGGAGAUGAAAAAUGUGAUUAACUUCGGUAUAUAUUCCAGGAACUUCCAAAGAGAUAAAUAUUAUGAAAUCACUAUGUUUGGAAAAUUGAGCAUACUUGGAUACCUGUUAAUUCUUGCACAACUUUCGUAUCAGGUGCCUAUAAAUGACUCGUCUGAUUAUUAUAUCGCAGCCGUGGUGGAAUAUUCGAGCGUCUAUGUCAAGAAUGAUGCCAAAUCAACUUUGAUGAAAAAUGCAGAAGUAUUUGCUAAUUACAUAGAACAAGCGAGUAAACAAAAUGCCGACAUCAUCGUUUUUCCGGAAUACGCAUUGACAUCGAUCUUCAUGCCUGUUAAUGCAGAUCCGUUUAUCUGGUCAACAGUAGUUCCUUCCUCUCUCGAAGAAUAUGUACCUUGCAUAGAAUCUAGAAUUAGCGGCAUUCAGGAAGCAAUAAAGAGAGUUUCAUGUGCUGCAAGGGAUAAUCGUAUAUACGUAGUGAUAAAUCUUAUUGAAAAGCAAUUCAAUAGAAAAAAUGGCACAUGGCAUUAUCACAAUACCAAUAUCGUGUUCGAUCGAACUGGAAAAAUUAUUGCCAGGUAUCGCAAAACAAAUCUUUAUUUGGAAGGAAAUUUGGAAAGUCCGGUGCCACCAGAUCUUGUUACUUUCGACACUGAUUUUGGAGUAAAAUUCGGUGUCAUUAUAUGUUUCGAUAUGCUAUUCAAAGAACCUGCUUUAAAUUUAACAAGAAUAGAAGGCGUUUCAAAUAUCGUAUAUUCCACUGCCUGGUUAUCAUCAGUGCCAUUUUUAAUUGCUGUUCAAUAUCAAUACGGAUGGGCAUAUGCUGAAAAUGUGAAUCUAUUAGCUGCUGGAUAUAAUAAACCAGAAUUCUCGUUCUUGGGAAGCGGUAUUUAUUCAGGUCGUAAUGGAAUACUCAAUACAACCAUGUCUAGCAAUCCCAAAAAUCGACUUCUAAUUUCUCGACUUCCAAAAACGCCCAGAAAAACCAAAUCAAAAUGGUUGAAGAAAAUGAAAAUAAUGGAGAAAAAAACUAUACAUGACGAAACAUUUGAUUUUCCAGUAACAGAAGAUAUUGAUUCGAUAUUAAUAUCGCAUGAUAAUAUUACAUGGUUCAAUUCUGUCCUGCUCAACGAUUCGAUGACCAGAAAUAUUUGUUAUGACGAUUUCUGUUGCGACUUUGUGAUUCGAACGAAGACUGUCGAUCCAUCGACUUACUAUCGUGCAGUGGUUUACAUGGGUAUACGACAAUUCGACAUCGUGGUAGACGCUAAUGUUCGUCAUUGUGCCGUGAUUCAAUGUUCCAAUGAAUCAUUAGCAUCCUGCUAUUCUAUUAAUACGUCAGAAACUACAUUCUCCACUUUGAGUGUGACAGCAAGAUUCGAUGAUUAUCAAGAUAUUCAGGUAUUGCCCAGUCUACUUAAUUCUUCUCUUCUUCCCUUUGAACAAUGGUCAUUCGAUGAACAGACAUUUGGAAAGCAAACGAAGGUAAUCAUUACUUUGAAUGAGCCAACAAAAAAUAUUCUUACUUUUGGUUUGUAUGCUAGGAUUUUUUCUAAAGAUAUAAAACACUAAGUUGAAUUGUAACUGUAUGAAAUCAAUGUAAUUUUUCAAUAAAAAUGACAUGUAAUUUUAUAUUGUUACCUUGAUGAAAAAUAUAUUUUCAUAAAGUAAUAAGAUAAAAAAGUUUCUGUUUCUUUAUAAAAUAUUAUGAUAAAAGCAUCUGAAUGAAAUAAAAAUUAUACUU